AUGGUUUCAUUUACUUUCGGUCUGCGACAUGCUUUGUUUCGACUUCACCUUCCAGUUCGAAGGAUAAGUUGGUUGGAAGCAAUUCGUGAAUUGGUCUCAUUGGGUUGUCGGCUUGUCGGUGAGUCGGGCAGACCAAGGAAGAGACAAUGGGCGAGCAGUAGCGAUCGCGCUCGGCCAAUCAGACAAGGCCUGCUGCAGAUGGUUUCACCGGUUGCCUCGUUUCAAUUCGUCUGGACGGACGCGCAUUCGAUACCAUUCGACGCCGGUGCUCAAUCUCAUCCUCACCAACGUGGCUCCAGAACGACAGUUGCCUGCACCACCGGCACAUCCAGACAGACUUGGUCGAGAGGGCUUCGACGAUGA